GAUUCUUCAAAGUGUUUAUCAAUUCAACAAGCUUCAAAAAUUCCCUGCUUAUCUAUUUUCAUUCUGUGUACAGUUGACUAAAACUAACAAUAUUUCGUUAUUAUCAAUGGUAGCUAAUUCAAAACUGCGUAUUGGUACACAUGAUGGACGAUUCCAUGCAGAUGAAAUACUUGCAUGUGCAAUGCUUAGACAUUUACCGGAAUACUCAAAUGCUGAAAUUAUACGCACAAGAGAUUCAAGUAUUUUGUCAACAUGUGAUAUCGUCGUUGACGUUGGUGGUGUAUUCAAUGCUGAGAAUCAUCUAUACGACCAUCAUCAAAGAGAAUUCAACCUUACUUAUAAAGAUUUUUAUCCGAAUUCUGAUUGGGAUAUAAAAUUAAGUAGUGCAGGUUUGAUAUACGUUCAUUUCGGUCGAAAAAUACUAAGUUGUAUACUUGGUAUAGAUGAAAAUAAUAUGGAUCCAUUAGUGACGGCACUUUUUGAUAAGAUGUAUAGUUCAUUCAUCGUUGAGAUAGACGCUAUCGAUAAUGGUGUUCCGAUGGCAAUAACACCUUUAAGAUAUUCUAUGAAUACAUCUUUAAGUAGUCGAGUGAAUCGUAUGAAUCCAGCUUGGAAUCAAUUGGAUACAGAUGAAACUAUUUGUUUUCAGAAUGCAUUACAAUUAGUUGAUCAAGAGUUUAUUACAUUAGUUCAUUUCUAUGCUGAUACAUGGUAUCCAGCUCGUGAAAUUGUAUUAAAUGCUGUGAAAAAUCGAUAUUCCAUUGAUUCAUCUGGUACAAUAAUUUAUAUUGAAGGUACUGGAUGUCCUUGGAAUGCACAUUUUUUUGAAAUUGAAAAAUCUUUAUUAUUAAAUAAUAUGAAUGUAAAUGAAAUUGAAAAACAUAAUCAAAUUUUAUUUGUUAUUUAUCAACGUAAAGAUAGUACAUGGACUAUACAAGCUAUACCAUUGAAUGAGCAUAAUAAUUUUUCGCAAAGACUUCCUCUACCCGAAAGUUGGAGAGGUUUACGUGAUGAACAGUUAAGUAGUAUUGUUGGGCUGCCUGAUUGUAUAUUUGUACAUUCUACUGGAUUCUUAGGUGUACAUAAAACUCGCGAGGGUGUUCUACAAAUGGCAAGAUUAACCAUAAAAAUGAAAGAAAAUCAAUAACUUCUGUUUUAUCAUUAUCUGUUUUUAUCCUGGUUCCUAAAGCUAAAAAUGACAAGUAUAUGCUUUUUGAAAUCUG